GUCAGCCAGGCAGAGGGUGAGCAGACUGAGCUGCUGGACUAUCUGGGAGCGUGUACAGGGAUCAACUUCACUCAGAAUUCUCAAAUCCACAGAAUUCUAAAGCGAACUGCAACAUUGUAACAGAAAGGGCUGGCUUGGGAUCACUCUCAGCAACACUCACAGCUCGCUUGUUGUCGCCUACAGUUUGCAAUUCGCUCGAAUUCGGAGUUUAGUGAAUAAGCGCCAAGGACUUACAAAGUUUUCCCUUUGCAGCCUGGAGGAGUUAAAGCGGCCCUUGAGGCUCUAUGGCCGGUGGAUUGCAGUGAAAAGCCCAGAAUCUGGACAGGAGGCAGUUAAUCCUUGGAGCUGGAUGGUUCUAGCAGAGGGUUGGGGUGUCAGAGGGGACCAUGUCGAUGCUCCCCACUUUUGGCUUCACCCAGGAGCAAGUGGCCUGUGUGUGUGAGGUUCUGCAGCAGGGGGGUAACAUAGAGCGGCUGGGGCGCUUCCUGUGGUCCCUGCCAGCCUGUGAGCACCUCCAUAAGAAUGAGAGUGUCCUGAAGGCCAAGGCCGUGGUGGCUUUCCACAGGGGCAAUUUCCGGGAGCUCUACAAGAUCCUGGAGAGCCACCAGUUCUCCCCCCAUAACCACCCCAAGCUGCAGCAGCUGUGGCUCAAGGCGCACUAUAUCGAGGCGGAGAAGCUGCGGGGGCGCCCCCUAGGGGCGGUGGGGAAGUACAGGGUGCGGAGGAAGUUCCCGCUGCCCCGCUCUAUCUGGGACGGCGAGGAGACCAGCUACUGCUUUAAGGAGAAGAGCCGGAGCGUGCUGAGGGAGUGGUACGCCCACAACCCCUAUCCAUCACCCCGGGAGAAGCGGGAGCUGGCCGAGGCCACGGGGCUCACCACCACCCAGGUCAGCAACUGGUUCAAAAACCGGCGGCAGAGGGACCGGGCGGCCGAGGCCAAGGAAAGGUACGAGGAGAAUAACGAGAACUCAAACUCGAACAGUCACAACGCGUUAUCGUCAUCCAUGAAUGGCAGUAAAACGGUUUUGGGAAGUUCAGAUGAUGACAAAACUCCAUCCGGGACCCCAGAUCACACCUCGUCCAGCCCGGGCUUACUGCUCAGCUCCUCCAACCCUGGGCUCCAGGCUCUCCAUGGGAUGGGCCACCCUCAGGGACCCAGUGCCAUCCCAGUGCCAGGGGCUGACGUCAUGCACCACCACACUUUGCAAGACUCAAUUCUCAACCCAAUGUCCUCCAACCUGGUAGACCUGGGCUCCUAAAACUCAGAACAAUAUUUAAGACACCUAAGAGAAAUCCCCCCACCUGUGGACCCUUACUCCACUCAAGGAUGGAUAAUCUGAUAGACUUGUUUGAAGGUACUGUAGACCACAUUACCUGUGCCACUUGGGACUGGAAAGACUUAACCGAGAUGUUUUUAUUGUCACCAUAUAAACAAUGAACCCAAAGUAUUACACAAAGGGCCAUGCAAUGUAUUAACCCUUGAAGUGACAGAGGGGUGAGUAACACGGUAGAAUUCUCAAUGGUAUUCACAUCAAUCCAAAUCAUGACAACAACAGAUGAUAUCUUUAUGCAACAGUUCCUGCAGGUACCUGACUUUUGAUGAUUUAUUUCAAUCCAAUAAAAUAAGGCUAUAACUUUGAAUGACUGUCCUUAGACCCCUGGUUCUCAAUACACUCGUAAAGGCACGUUGAUAGUGUUACAUCAUAUGGCUAUAAAUAUAUCUAUCUAUGUAAACGCCAAUAGUGCUGGGCCCUUGCCACCAGAAUUAUACAGACAGUUCCAGUAAUUAAUUAGUGAUGGGUCGUGCUAAUCCCCAGGACAAUCUCUGCAACAGAACUUUCCUUUAACCAUUUCAGUGCCUCGGAGAGGGGGGUUGGUCACUCCUCAAGCACUGGAACGUUAACCCCUUAAUCACCACUCAGGGUGAAAGAAACAGAUAUUUUGCAAUUGUUACAUAUUUGUUGAUAAGGUCAUCUGGCCAUUUUUUUUUUUUUUUUGUUUUGUUUCAUGUUUAUAUUAUGUGAAUAAACCCUUUGGAAAAUAUCCUUGCUUUUAUUUUAUA